AUGGACGAGUGUAUGGCCCUCAAGAGACAGAUCGAGGAGCUCAUCAGGCGGGGGUACCUAGGCCAAUACGUGAAGAGGACAGGGCAGGACCCCACCAAAGGCCUCGACAACGCACGGAAGAAGAAGGGCGGUGCCGGACCAUCCGCCUCUGCCCCGCGCAAGAGGGAACUCGGUCAACUCACGGAGUACGAGGAGACCGAACCAGACAGCCCGCCAAAGAAGAAAGUCAUCCACGUCAUCUUCGGCGGCCCGGAGGGUGGAGACACGCCCGCCGAGAGGAAGAGGUUGGCGCGGAGCCUAUAUGUGGGGGAGGUCGUCCGGGUACCCCAAGAAAAGAGGACACGCUGGGAGCCCAUAACAUUGACCGACGACGACCUCCCGGAUGGCCCCCUGCCCCACCGAGACGCAUUGGUAAUUAGGCUGGAGAUCAAGGACAUCAUUGUCCACCGUGUACUAGUGGAUACGGGGAGCUCCGUGAACGUCAUGUAUUAUGGCACCUUCACGCAACUCAGGCUAUCCCGGAAGCAGCUCUCCCCGGUACGGACCCCGCUAUCUGGUUUCACCGAGGACUCCAUCGAAACAGAGGGCUCCAUCACCCUCAAGGUACAAAUCGGCACCCCGCCCCACGUCAAAAGGUGGGAGGUGGAGUUCGUGGUGGUCAAAACCAGUUGUGCCUACAAUAUCAUCUUCGGCCGACCUGCCCUAGAGGACCUCAGGUGCAUCAUUUCCAUGGAGCACAUCUGCCUCAAGUUCCCCACCCCCACAGGAGCGGGUGUCGCGCGAGGAGACCAGAAGAUCAGCCGGAGCUGCUACUUGAAGGCAUGCCGCCAAAUAACAAGGAAGGACCUCAAGGUACAAACUGUAACCGAGAAGGCGCUUCGAGAGGAGGAGAAGCGGCCCCCAGGCGAACCCGCGCUGGAGACGGAAGAGGUCAUUCUGGACCCCAUCGGGCAAGACGAUGGACAGGGUGUGGAACGCGGAGCACUCGCUGAAAUUUUACCAGUAGAAUCACAUUUUUACGGCCUACCCCCUCCCCAAUAA